AAUAAGGAGUCAAAAUGCAUUUGUAAUACCCAUGGCAAAGUAAGUAGGUGCACAAAUGUAAAACAUCUUUCUGGUGAAAGCACUCUAAGUGUAUGCAGUAUACACAGUAGCCCACGUCGGGAGCGCAUUCUAGCCACAGGCAGCUAUGACGAGCAGGUGCUCCUAUGGGCUGAGAGAAACAUGUGCCAGCCUCUAAGUCAGAGUGCCCUGGGUGGAGGAGUGUGGAGACUGAAGUGGCAUCCUACCCAUGAGCACCUGCUGUUGGCUGCCUGCAUGCACAUCGACUUCCACAUCCUUCACUGCCAGCAAGCCCUGGAGGGCAGUGGAAUAGUGUGUUCUGUCCUAGCCUACAUCCUUCACAACUCUCUGGCCUACAGGGUGGACUUGGCCAACCUUACCCUGGAGGAGCCUGCUCCCUUGUGGAGAGGUUUUGGACUUGUUGGUCAAGCCUAUGAAAUCAAGAGUCAGAAGAAUUGAUGUGAUAUCUCACCAUAGAGGAUUGUUUAAGCCAACUACUACUAGAGGUCGACCGAUUAAUCAGCAUGGCCGAUUAAUUAGGGCCGAUUUCAAGUUUUCAUAACAAUCAGUAACCUGCCUUUUUGGAUGCCGAUUAUGGCCGAUUACAUUGUAAUCCACGAGGAGACUGCGUGGCAGGCUGACCACCUGUUACGCAAGUGCAGCAUCAAAAGGACCUUGUGGCUGCAAGGAGCCAAGGUCCACAUACGAUGCAAUCACACUGCACACUGCCCUAACCCAUCUGGACAAGAGGAAUACCUAUGUAAUGCUGUUCAUCGACUACAGCUCAGCUCACCCUGGGUCUCGACCCCGUCCUGUGCAACUGGGUCCUGGACUUUCUGACGGGACGCCCCCAGGUGGUGAGGGUAGGAAACAACAUCUCCACCCCGCUGAUCCUCAACACUGGGACCCCACAAGAGUGCGUCCCCAGGGACUGCGGUUGAAAAUUAGCCGGCUGGCUAAAUCCGGCACUUUUACUGAAACGUUGAUUAAUGUGCACUGUCCCUGUAAAAAUAAAAUAAACUCAAACUCAAACUCA